CCCCCCUUACCUUUUAUAAUAGCAAUCGACACCGCUUAAAAGUGAAUAGGAAGUAUGGCUUGGACCUCCUCCUUCUCCUUUCAUACGUUUGAAUCGUGUGCGUGUGACAAAUAAACAUUUUUAGUUCAUCUUUUUGGACCGUGCGCAAGAAGAAUGAUGCAUUAAAGCAUUCAACAUUCAUGCUAUGACCCCAACCAGGCUCAAGCGGCGGCGGGUACAAAUGAUGUCAAGUGCAAAUCCUAUCUGUCCCCUUUUCUUCUUCUUCCCAUCAACAGACAAUUGUCAUCUUUUUCAUCUCAUCACCAAAUCUUCUUCAUCUUCUUCCUUCAUCUUCUCAUUUCCCCUCCAAGAAAAAGAUAAAAGAUUUGAGUCACUUCACCAUCAUGUCUAAUGUACAAAAGACAUUGGCUGAUUUGGCUUCCAACUUUGAUGCUUUGCCAAGCUAUGCUCGCUCAGCUUCAUUGCCAAUCCGAUUUGGAUUGUACUUCCUAUUAAGCAUCUUGGCAAUCGCCUGUUUGGCUCGAUUUGUUAAACCUGUUCGAACCAUUCUCGUGUUCGCAUACACUUGCUUUUUACAACCAAUCGGUCAACAUUCCAAACAAAGUGAACGUCUAGAUGCCUUUUACCAAAAUCAAGCAACAGUAUAUGAUGCUACAAGAAACAGUCUUUUGCGUGGACGUCGAACCAUGUUGAAAUUGGUUGCUGCUCAAUUACGUGAAAUGCAAAAAUCCAAUCCAGGCAAACCUUUGGUGUGGGUAGACAUUGGCGGCGGGACGGGCUGGAACAUUGAACAAAUGUCGGAAUACUUUCCAAUCGAACAACUUGAUCAAGUUUACUUGAUUGAUUUAUGCGAACCUUUAUUGCAGGUUGCUCGUCAACGUUUCAAUGCUCGUGGAUGGAAGAACGUUCGUGUUCUUUGUCAAGAUGCAAAAGAAUUCCAUUUACCCGAUUUGCAAGAAGGUCGCAAAGUUGAUUUGUUCACAUGCAGUUAUAGUAUCUCCAUGAUCCCUCCUUUUUAUGCCGUUUUGGAUCGUGUCAAUGAUUUCCUUGACCCUGAGACCGGUGUAUUUGGCGUGGUUGACUUUUAUGUUUCGGGAAAGACUCCGUUUUCAGGCGAUAAGACUGCUUUGAUCGGUGGUGAUUCUCGUCGUCAUUGUGGUUGGUUAAGCCGAUUCUUCUGGAGUCACUGGUUCGAAUUUGACCAUGUUGAAUUGCACCCAGCAAGACGUGACUACUUGGAAUACCGUUUUGGAACGAUCAAAUGCUUUAACGGUCGCAAUGACUUUAUCGUACCAUUCAUCGUUCGUAUUCCUUAUUAUAUUUGGUUGGGAUGUUCAAGACAACGUGAUACCACAAAUGCCAUUCAAGCAUUCGAAGUGGAAGCAGGUAACCGUGUCAUCGUUCCUCCUUCUUUCCCUGAAUUAUCUUUCUCGCACAUUUUGCAAGCAACACAGGCGGCACAAAUUGCUGAAAAAGGUGGCUUAGACUCGGCAAUUUCCACUUCCGCUUUUGAUAUCACUGGACACCAAGGUAACAGACUUGUUCACCGUCGUGAAUCAGAGCAUGGUUCCGUCAGUUCGACUUCAUCUGCUUUCCGUAUCGACCUUGGACCUCAUGUUCCAUUGAGCUCAUUCCAUUAUCAACGUCGUCAAUGGCGCUUGCCAUACAUCGAUCCUGAUUUCGCCAGUUUCCGUUCAUUCAUUUACGGUUUCACUUGGGAAGAUCCUCACGUGGACAUGCAACAUUUGGGACUCAACAAAGACUCUUCCAUCUUGUGUAUCACUUCUGCGGGAGAUAAUGCUCUGCAUUAUGCUGUAGACGCUGAGCCCAAACGUAUCCAUUGUGUUGACAUGAAUGCUUGUCAAGGUCACUUGCUGGAAUUGAAGUUGGCCUGCAUCGCUUCGUUGGAAUAUGAAGAGUUUUGGACUUUGUUCGGAGAAGGCAAGAAUGAAAAAUUCCGUGAAUGGCUCGACAGUCGUAUCUCACCUUAUCUCUCCUCGCAUGCCUAUCAAUUCUGGAGAUUGAACAAUUCUUACUUUGACAAGGCCUUUUACUUCCGUGGAUAUUCCGGUCAUGCUUUGCGUUUGGCCAAAGUCGCUUUCGCUUUGGCAGGAGUUCAAAAGCACGUUGAUGCUUUUUGUGCAGCAAAGACUGUCGAAGAGCAACAAGCUAUCUGGAAUAAACAUUUGCGAAAAGCAAUGAUUAACAAGCAAAUGAUUCGUUUCUUCUUGAGUAAUCCGGCUUUCUUGUGGAACGCAUUGGGUGUUCCCAUGAAUCAAUACAAUUGCUUCCGUAACGAAGGUGUAACCGUUGAACAAUUUGCAGUUGACACCUUGGACACAAUCGCAAGCCGUAACUUGGUACGUGAUAAUAAUUAUCACUACAAAUUAUGCCUUCAACACAAAUAUUCGAAAGAAAGUUGUCCAUUAUACCUUAAAAAGCAAGCUUACAAAAAGUUGCAAAAAGAUGCAUCUGCAUUACUGGACACCUUUAGAUUGCAUACGGAUUCAAUCGUAAACGUUUUACGUGGCUUCCAAGAUGGAAGUUUGACACAUGCAAUCACUAUGGACCAUAUGGAUUGGUAUGAUCCCGUUCCGGAUUCACAACCUGCUCCAACGAUUGAACAAGCAAGACGUGAUCAAGAUAAAUCGGUGAGCGAUUUAGAUCGUGAAAUUGUUGAAUUGAGCAGAGUGAUCGCUAAAGGAGGAGCAGUAUUUUGGAGAAGUGCGGCCAAAAAGCCAUGGUACAAUGCAAGAUUUGAAAAGAUGGGUUUCCGUGUGGAAGCCGUUCAUAUUCGUGAAACUGGUAAACCGAUCGAUAACGUAAACAUGUACGCAUCCUUCUAUAAGGGAACUCGCAUUUGAUCUUGUAGAGUAGCCUCUCAAAAUAUACAUCUAUACAUCUUCCAAUAUUCUGAAUGGUGCGCUUGACUCUUUCCUUCAUCAUUGGACUCACGCGGGAGUGUAAAAGUGAUGGAUAUGAGCAUGCUAAUGGCAAUACUUGCGGGCACAACAACUAUACAGACUCUCAAAUCAGUUCUCGGCGGAACUAUUUCACCAUACAAAGCUGCAACUCAUCAUCACAACCUGCAAAGCGGGACGUUGCUGCAGAGUUUUCAAUGGAUAAGAGAGGUUCCUCUUCUUCUCUAGAGUCUGCUAAUAUUUGCUUGUAAGAGCCCGAUGAAUGCGAGUGUAGAGACAUCAUGAAUGAAGAAGCUUUGACCGGCUUGAUCAACCUCACUUCAAAACAAGCAACGAUGACGUACUUCUUUGGUAAUGUUGAACGGAUGUAAAGCCAAAGAGUGUGAAGUGAAAGCAUGGAGA